AUGGCUUCGGACUCUCACAGUAAUCGCCCAGAAGAAGCCAAGAAGGGUAUUGACCAAGCACUUCUUGACUAUUUCGCCACUGAAGAGCCUGGAUCGACAACUGAGACCGUUUCUGGCGAUGACGUCUCGGCAAUUUUGGCAGACAUUGAAGAUAUCAUCGACUGCCUUUUGAGUCUCGCCCCUUCCAUACAUAACGGAACCGAGCCAAAGCUUACGCCCAACACUUCCCAAACAAGUACGGAGUCAAACAGCCAGCUAGAGCGAGACACGCAGCUUGUCCGCGCAUCUUCCCCAACCAUAGAUUCUAUGAUCGCAGAAAGACUGCUCAUAGCCCUCAGCUGGCGCCGGACCCUCAUUGCCAAUUGGCGAGAUCCGUCUUUAAAGACCAAUGAUCCAGAGAAAAGUAAGAGAAUAUGA